AUGGUACAGUGGAACCAUCAAAACUUCAUUAACUUCAUCAUAUCACAGCAAAAUUUCAUCAACUUCAUCAUCUCACAGCAAAACUUCAACUUCAUCAUAUCACAGCAAAACUUCAUCAACUUCAUCAUCUCACAGCAAAACUUCAUCAACUUCAUCAUUUCACAGCAAAACUUCAUCAACUUCAUCAUCUCACAGCAAAACUUCAUCAACUUCAUCAUCUCACAGCAAAACUUCAUCAACUUCAUCAUCUCACAGCAAAACUUCAUCAACUUCAUCAUCUCACACGAAAACUUCAUCAACUUCAUCUCACAGCAAAACUUCAUCACCAUCAUCUCACAGCAAAACUUCAGCUUCAUCAUCUCACAGCAAAACUUCACCAGCUUCAUCAUCUCACAGCAAAACUUCAUCAAAUUCAUCAUCUCACCGCAAAACUUCAUCAACUUCAUCAUCUCACAACAAAACUUCAUCAACUUCAUCAUCUCACAGCAAAAUUUCAUCAACUUCAUCAUCUCACAGCAAAACUUCAUCAACUUCAUCAUCUCACACGAAAACUUCAUCAACUUCAUCUCAAAGCAAAACUUCACCAGCUUCAUCAUCUCACAGCAAAACUUCAUCAACUUCAUCAUCUCACAGCAAAAUUUCAUCAACUUCAUCAUCUCACAGCAAAACUUCAUCAACUUCAUCAUCUCACAGCAAAACUUCAUCAACUUCAUCAUCUCACAGCAAAACUUCAUCAACUUCAUCAUUUCACAGCAAAACUUCAUCAACUUCAUCAUUUCACAGCAAAACUUCAUCAAUUUCAUCAUCUCACAGCAAAACUUCAUCAACUUCAUCAUCUCACAGCAAAACUUCAUCAACUUCAUCAUUUCACAGCAAAACUUCAUCAACUUCAUCAUUUCACAGCAAAACUUAAUCAAUUUCAUCAUCUCACAGCAAAACUUCAUCAACUUCAUCAUCUCACAGCAAAACUUCAUCAACUUCAUCAUUUCACAGCAAAACUUCAUCAACUUCAUCAUCUCACAGCAAAACUUCAUCAACUUCAUCAUCUCACAGCAAAACUUCAUCAAUUCACAGGAAAAGAACCACACAGAACCACACAGAACCACACAGAACCUCACAGAACCUCACAGAACCACACAGAAUCUCACAGAACCACACAGAACUACACAGAAUCUCACAGAACCACAGAGAACCUCACAAAACCUCACAGAACCUCACAGAACCUCACAGAACCACAGAGAAUUACACAGAACCACACAGAACCUCACAGAACCUCACAGAACUUUACAGAACCUCACAGAACCUCACAGAACCACACAGAACCACACAGAACCUCACAGAACUUUACAGAACCUCACAGAACCACACAUAACCUCACAGAACCUCACAGAACUUCACAGAACCACACAGAACCACACAGAAUCUCACAAAACCACACAUAACCUCACAAAACUACACAGAACCACACAGAACCUCACAGAACCACACAGAACCACACAUAACCUCACAGAACCACACAGAACCACACAGAACCUCACAGAACCACACAGAACCUCACAGGACCUCACAGAACCACAGAGAACCACAGAGAACCGCAUAGAACCGGCAAGACAAGGAGAUAUCAGCGGGUAA